AUGAAAUUCCAAAUCGCUGCAUCUGCUUUGUUAGCUGCUUCUACUUUAGUACAAGCUUCCCCAGUUAUCUUCGAAACUGGUAACAUCUCUAACAUCUCUAACGGUUCAAACCACUCAAACUCUACCUUCCACAACGGUACUAACGCUACCGACUUUGUUGAACCAAAAUUAAAGGUCAUUGUCACUGGUGGUACUUACACUUUGAAGAACUCUUCUGACGUUGAAUAUAACUUUUACGGCAACUCUUCCAAUGCUUUGAACUUCACUCAAUUAUAUGAAGUUGCUGAAAUUGUUAACAAGACUUUAGACAACGAUAACUACUACGGUGUCGUCGUUGUUGCCAACGGUAACUCUGUCGAAUCCUUAGGUUUCUUCUCUACUAUCUUAUUCGAUUCUAUCAAGCCUGUCGUUGUUGCUCAAGAUGCUGAUUACGGUUUAUUGGUCGCUAACAACACUGGUGCUUACGGUUCCUUGGUUGUCUCUAACGAUUACUUAGUCUACUCUGGUGCUUUCUCUCCAGCUGUUUCAAGAUACGCUACUGACGCUGCUUCUGGUGUUCCAAUUGCUGCUUGUGGUGAUGACUUAUCUGUUAACUGGUUCUUCGACGACUCUACUCCAAUGUUCACUGACCCAUUCUCUGUCAUCAGAAACCAAUUCCCAGAAUUAACUAAUGCUAACGUCACUACCGAAUUCAACUUCACUCCAAGAGUCCCAAUUGUUUCUCAAUCUGACUGCUCUUUGGAAUUAUUAUCUACUUUGGAAGCUGCUGCUGACGGUGUUGUCAUCAUCUCUACUGAAGGUGAUGCCAGAUCUUUGGACUUGUCUUCUCUAUCUAUCCCAGUCGUUUUCGCUAAGGGUGAUCAAGUUCCAUACUUGAGCUCUAUGUACUUGCCAGAAGGUACUUGUGGUGCUGGUUACCUAUCUCCUUUGAAGGCUCAAUUAUUAUUGACUGUUGCUUUAGCCAAUGGUAUCUCUUCUGCUGAAGAAUUGAUCACCAUCUUCCCAUAA